ACCAGCAUUUUUCCCUGCAGCUGCCAACAUCCUGGGCCAUCAAAGUAAGGGCGUCUAUGUGCUGAUGAGUGGGCUGGACCUGGAGCGGCUGGUGCUGGCCGGUGGGCCCCUCGGGAUCAUGCAGGCCAUCCUCGACCACGCUAUUCCCUACCUACACGUGAGGGAAGCUUUUGGCCAGAAGAUCGGCCACUUCCAGUUGAUGCAGGGGAAGAUGGCAGACAUGUACACCCGCCUCAUGGCCUGUCGGCAGUACGUCUACAAUGUCGCCAAGGCCUGUGAUGAGGGCUACUGCACUGCCAAGGACUGCGCUGGGGUGAUUCUUUACUCAGCCGAGUGUGCCACACAGGUAGCCCUGGACGGCAUCCAGUGUUUGGGUGGCAAUGGCUACAUCAACGACUUCCCCAUGGGCCGCUUUCUGAGAGAUGCCAAGCUGUAUGAGAUCGGGGCUGGAACCAGUGAGGUGAGGCGGCUAAUCAUCGGCAGAGCCUUCAACGCAGAAUUCCACUAACUCCAAGACCCUUCAUCCCCUUUCCCAGCACCUAGAGGCCUUUCUCUGGAACGAGAGACGCGGCAGCUCUUCUCCAGGCAGGCCCUGCCCACCGGCCCAGGAAAAGCGUUUAGCGGCUUAACAUGGACUCCUCAGGAAGCAUGCUGACUUUUCUGGGGCUCAGUGGGAGGGCUUUGGUGGCUCUGCGCCCUUGCUCUCUAACUUCAAGCCUGAUGCCCCACCCCCGCUCCCAGGGUGGGCACCUUUUUUCCUGGUGAGCCUCUGCCAGGGAACCCUCUGCUCAAGUACACCAGAAGCAUUGCCCCUCUCCUUAAUUUGAACUUGGUCGUCUCUUUUCUUUCUGGGGAAAAAUACCCCCCAAACCUAGCCUCUGUUUCUGCCAAUUUCUAGAGGCAUCAGCUCUCAGCAGCUUGUGAGUGGGCACCCCCUUUGCAGCAGCCCCUCCAUCCCUCAUUCUUUAAGCUGAAAUCCUACCACUGGGGUAGAGCUCUGGGAAUAGGCAUCUCAGAACACCUGUGCCACCCAGAGUCCACGCGGGGGGCAGAGGUCAGCUUGCUCGUGAAGGACGGGGCUCAAUGCCUCCAGCAUAACGCUGCCACCGCCACCGUCCAGUCCUGGCCAUAUGACAGCCCACAGCUGACUGGGCAGCAGGCCUGGGUUGGCUGGCUCAACUCCAGCCAAGGCUGCCUGCAUACAUUUCUCUGGACACCCUAUGGCUAAUUUUGUUACAACUGCACAGUGGCUGCUGCCAUUUUGUAUUAAACAUUUCGUGAAGCAAACCCAUCUGCUUCUAAACUGGUGUUUUGGGGGAGAAGCAGUCUACUUGCUACUGCCUUCUGUCUGGCUCCAGCCCUAUGUCCUUGGAGAGUGGCUGGUCCAGGUCCUGCUUCUGGCCCUUCAGCCUGCUCACUGGUGAUAGGGGACACAGGGGUGGAAUCAGCCCUUAGGAUAGAGAUGUUCUCAACCUCCCUUUUCCAGAUCUCCCAGUGAUUUUUUUAAAGAAAGGAGGGAGCGGUAAGAGUCUUGGAGCUAGAAGGAAGCUCGUAAGUUUCUGGAAACCAUCCCCAUGUUUUUUGAAAGAUCAAGACAAUUUGAUUUUCCCAAGGUCAGAACUGGAGCUAGAAUCCAGAUCAGCAGAAAUAGGCGUUCUGAGAAUGCCAGCCUGGGGCCCUACUACAUGGCCGCCUGGAUGCACAGUCAGAGUGGGACAGUUUUGGGUUGUCCCACCCCAUCUAAUUCCCUAAAAGAGAACUGGUUUUCUUGGCCCUCAGCCCAGCGGUGCCUGUUCUGACUUUUGGUCCUGGCCUAUAGCCAAGAGCUGUUCCCAGCCUGAUGCCUGUGACAGGUGGAGUUAUAGCUCCUUACCAACCCCAGCCCAGUCCUAUCCUGAGGGGCUUGUGGCCCUGUCCCUUCACUUCCCCACCGUGCUCCCUACUAUGUUGGAGAUGAAUGUGGCUAAAAUGGUGGUCUUGCUGGUUAUAAAGUGUAGCUGGAACGAACAGCCUGAAGACGUUCAGAAUGGGAUGUUUCAUCCAGUCAGUGUGGGUAACAGCUCUGCCACCAACUUGGGGAGGAUGAUUAUUCUCCCAAUGCUAUAUGUGAAAUAGGAAUGUUAUAAAAUAAAGCCAAAAAAGUGUAGCCUGAGUCAUGAAU